UCACUUGCAGUGUCUUUGCAGUCAUAUAUCAGUGCAGCACUUGCAGUUUCUGUUCGCAAUAUUACUUAUUAUUACCACACAGAGGAAUGAAUGGAGGUCGAGGAGAAUGCUCCAAAGAUUGAUAAUGCGGUGGACAGUAAUCCAGCAGCCGUCCAACCAGUGCAUCUCAACUGUACAGCCAAGAAUGAAAGCACCAUCGUGGCUCUUACCUUCACCAAUUGUCAAAUAGGUGGUUCAGUCAACCUAAACACAAAUGUGAAUUCCAACAAUCAAGGAUCCGGUCUACCAGUGAAACCAUUGGCUGAUCCCAUCACAGUGGGAACUGCUCCUCCAACUGAAAGCAAAGGAGAUCCGAUUUUAAAAUGUCAACAGGCAUUGAAGUCUGCGCUUAAGAGCAAAUUCAGCCAUAUGCGCGAGGGGCUUCUGACACAAGGAAACAAGAUUUCUCUCGAUAAGAAGUACACAGAACUUUACGUGGUGGUGGGAGGAGUUAGGGCUGUCAAUCAAGAGCACGAGGUAAGACAGAUUGAGAGGGUGUCCCAGAUCACAGAAACCCAGGAGGAAACCAUCAGAUGCAACGAUAUCUUCUGUCUUUCGGACAAACAGGAACACCCCGUGAGGACUGUCCUCACCAUGGGUGUGGCUGGCAUUGGAAAAACAGUAUCCACCAGUAAGUUUGCUUUAGACUGGGCAGAGGAUAAACACAAUCACAACCUGGAUUUUGUAUUUCCACUUUCAUUUCGAGACCUUAAUCUCAUACAUAAGCCUACAAGUGUAUCAGAGCUUUUGCUUACGUUUUAUCCUCAAGUGAAAGAGGUCCAGAGGUUGGACACGUUGAAAGUGCUGCUCAUACUGGACGGUCUCGACGAGAGCCGCCUCUCCCUCGACUUCAAAUGUGAGUUAGUGACCGAAGUGUCGCAGCAAACCACAAUACAAGUGCUGCUGACUAAUAUCAUUAGGGGCACCCUGCUCCCCUUCGCCCUGGUCUGGGUGACCUCCAGACCGGCUGCCACAGACCAGAUCCCUGGCGAGUGCAUCGACCUGGUGACCGAGGUGAGGGGCUUCAGUGACCUCCAGAAGGAGGAGUACUUCAGGAGGAAAAUCAGUGACCAACGACUGGCCGAACAGAUACUCUCCCACGUGAAGUCCACCAGGAGCCUCCACAUCAUGUGCCACAUACCCGUCUUCUGCUGGCUGAUCGCAACAGUCCUUGAGAAGGAAUUUACCAAAACCACAAGACAGAGUCAGCAGCAGACGCCAAAGACACUGACGCAGAUGUACAUACACUUCCUGGCCCUGCAUGAGGAGGGCAUGACGCAAGGACGGAGACAGUCCAACGUCGAGAGUACGAGGUUGAACCUUAUUUCCCUUGGUCAGUUGGCCUUUAAAGAGCUGGAGAAGGGCAAUUUCAUAUUCUACGAGAAGGACCUGAUAAUUCACCGCAUCGACACCACACAGGAGUCGUUGUUCUCGGGCAUCUACACACAAAUCUUCAACCAGGAACUGACACUGGGUCAGGAGAAGGUGUUUUGUUUUGUGCAUCUCAGCAUUCAAGAAUUCCUCGCUGCUCUUAACGUGUUCCUCAAAUUCAACAACGACAAAGACAAUGUGUUGGUGAAGAAGUCAUCUGGUUCCAGGUUCAUACCGUUCAGAGAUCCAUCUGCACUCAUUCUCUACAAAGCAGCAGUGGACAAGGCUUUGCACAGCCCUGACGGACGUUUCGACCUCUUCCUUCGCUUUCUUUUGGGUCUGUCACUGGAGUCCAACCAGACUCUGUUGAGAGGUCUGUUGACCCAGAGUAAAUCAAACGCCAAGGUCCGAUUAGAGAUUGCCAAACACAUCAAGGAGAAGAUCAGGGCUUCCAAUUACUCGGAGCGAUGUAUGAAUCUGUUACAUUGUCUCAAUGAGAUACAUGACAACUCCCUGGUAGAGGAGAUUCAGAGUUACGUGCGAUCUGGAAGCCUUUCAACGGCUAAACUGUCACCCACUCAGUGUUCCACGCUGGUCUACAUACUGCUUACGUCAGAGGAGAGGUUGACGGUGUUUCAGCUUGGCAGCUACAUCAGGUCUGAGGAAGGACUUUUUCGGCUACUGCCCGUGGUUAAAGAGUCAGAAAUAGCCAAUCUGGGAGGAUGUUACCUCACCGCAAAGUGCUGUAAAGACUUGGCCUCUUGCAUCAGUUCAUCUCAUCUUAAAGAGUUAGACCUGAGUGAGAACAAGCUGACAGAUGAAGGGGUAAUGCAGCUCUCUGAUGGGCUGAAGAAAUGCAGACUUGAAACACUCAGAUUAAAGAACUGCAGUUUAACAGCAAAGAGCUGCAUAUCGCUGACCUCAGUUCUCAACUCAAAAUCCUCUGGACUGAAAACGUUGGACCUGACUGACAACAGCCUGGGGGAUUUAGGAGUGAAGCAGCUUUCCCAUGGACUGACGAGUCCUUUCUGUACACUGGAAUUGCUCAGUUUGCCCCUUUGUAGGAUCAGUGAAGAAGGCUGUACUUUUCUGGCAUCAGCUCUGAACGCGUGCUCCCUGAGAGAGCUGGACUUGAGCUACAACCACCCAGGGGACGACGGACUGAGGCUGCUCUACACCAUGUUGGACGACCCCCAUUGCCCUCUGGAGAAUCUCAGUGCUGAUCAUUGUGAUGAAUGCAGAAUCCAAGAGGACCCAAAGAAAUAUACCACACAGCUCUCUCUGGACCCCAACACCGCCCACAGGGACCUGACCAUUUCCGAGGGGAACAGGCACGCCAGGCGAUGGAUAACUCAGCCCACGGAGGACCUCCCCGAGAGGUUUGACUUCUGGACCCAGGUGCUGUGCGUGGAGGGGCUAAAGCACCGCUGCUACUGGGAGACCGAGCUGACUGGGAGGGUUCAGCUUGGGGUGGCCUACGGGCGGAUGCACCGGAAAGGAGAGGGGGACGACUGCCACCUCGGACGCAACGACUCCUCCUGGGGAAUGAGCUGCACCAAAAACGGGUACAACGCCUGGCACAACGGCGUGAACAUCGCCCUGACCGUUGCUCCCUGCUCCAACAGGGUGGGGGUUUAUUUGGACUGGUCAGCGGGGACGUUGACUUUUUAUAGCGUCUCCGUGGGGGAGUUGACCCCCCUACACACCUUCCACGCCUCCUUCACCGAGCCCCUCUACCCAGCUUUUCGGCUCGGCUGGGUGAACGCCACAGUCAGACUGUGUUGAGGAAAAUGUUUCAUGGAUGUUUCUUUGCUAUUAAUCGAUCAGCAAAUGGCACUUAACCUCCAGUGAAAUAUCUAUUUUUCUAAAAAAACGUUUCCUUUGUUGACUUAUAUUCGGCUCACUGUUUGUCCUUCAGGUAACAAUAACAUGAAUAAUAAAAUUCUACUUAUAUUUUACUUUUGACAGAGCAUUUCUCUGGACAAUUUAUUAUCCCCCUAUGUUCACACCAAUGGGAAUAUAAUAGGCAAUCAAGAGGUAUUUACCAUGGAGGCAGGGGAAAGACAACUUGAAAAAGGUGAAGCUAGUUUCAACCCUUUAAACAAUCAUUUUAUUAUUAGCGGUCCAAAAAGGCAUUGAACAAAACAAAAUUAAAAAGGUGUGUGUCUGUGAAUGAGGGGGUAGUUGGGUGAAACGGAAAUAAGUGUUUCAGUCAUACACGUGGGCUAAAACAAAUCUGACAGGGUAAGGGCACAUAAACAGGAAGGGGGUCACACAAUAUGAGUGAGCUGAAAAAAAUAAAACAAAAACGGCAGGUGAGAGGAAAUCAAGUCUUAAUCCUCCCAAUAUGCAUGCGAGUGUGUGUAUUGGCAGAUCCCUCUGUUCCUCAAGAGAAAUUCACCAGGACCACCCUUAUUGACACACACUUCCAAGCCUUUUGCCUGCAGUUGAUGAUUGCAGGCAAGUGGUGUGCGUUUGUGAUGACAUUAGUCUCGAAACCUACAACGGUUCAAGCAUUUCAAACACAUUUUCCAUUGAAUUGUGUUUACAAUUUAAACGUUGUCAGAGCGAAGACAACCUAUAUACAAAUCUGAUCCAUUAGCCCAAUACUUCUUUGCACGCCUCUAUCGUGCCAGCAAAGCAUGUGCUGUUGUUAUAGCUCCUUGGACUGAAUACCAGGUGCAUCCCAAAAUUAUCCAGGAAUGAUCAGCCUCACAGCCAUUCUAAUCAGACUGAAGCAUGUGCAUUGUGGCAUCAUGAUUCAGUCCAUGACCAUGUCUUCAGUCCCGCUUCAAAAUGUUAUUUUCUGUUGAGGAACAUGGAAAAUAAGAAAAAGGCCAACAAACGUAUCAUGCUGCGUUGUGGUUUUACAUCACGUGCCUUCGUACCAUACCAAGUAAGAGGACUUGAUUGGUCGUUCCACUCAUUAACACAGUUCACCCUGGCGGCGCACGGACAUGCAGGAA